UUCACGUGUCUGAAGUUUUCUAAGUGUUUAGACUGGACAACAAGACAUUAGAAAAGAUAACAUUUUAAGUUUCUCUUUGGGAACUUACUAUGGAUAGACACAUAAAACAGAAGAAGAAGAAACUGCUCAAGCGAAAAAUGCGUCCCAGUGAUAAAGUGAUCGAAAAAGUUGCAAGGGCUAAGAAUGUCAAGGGGAAAAAGAAAAAUCGAGGAAUAAAUGUAUCUGAUGGAGAAACGAAGACGCAAGGUUUUAAUGUCUCAGACAAAGAAUCGCUUUCCAAAGAUACUGAUACUAGUGUGCUGUCAAAUAGUGAUGGCUUGGAGCCUCCUGUAGCAAAGAAGAAGAAAAACUCCUAUGAAAGUGUUAGCUUACUGCAAGAUACUGAUACUGUGCUGUCAAAUGGUGAUGGCUUGGAGCCUCCCAAUGGAAAGAAGAAAAAUUCCUAUGAAAGUGUUAGCUUGCCAGAAGAUGUUUUAGUUCCAGAUAGUACAGAGUUUCAGUCCCUGAAAGAAUUUAUGAGUGAGAAGACACUUAAUGCAAUUACUGACAUGGGCUUCACUAACAUGAUGGAAAUCCAGCACAAAAGUAUUGUACCACUGCUCAAGGGAAGGGAUUUGCUAGGAGCUGCCAGAACUGGCAGUGGAAAAACUCUGGCAUUUCUCAUCCCAGCAGUGGAACUGCUGUACAAGCUGAGAUUUAAGCCAAGAAAUGGUACAGGAGUGAUUAUAAUCUCACCAACAAGAGAGCUGUCUCUUCAGACCUAUGGUGUGGCAAGGGACUUGCUCAAAUACCACAAUCACACAUUUGGGAUUGUCAUGGGUGGAGCCAAUCGCAAGGGUGAAGCAGAUCGCCUGCAGAAGGGUGUCAAUUUACUCAUUGCCACCCCUGGAAGGCUGCUGGAUCACUUACAAAAUACACAAGGUUUUAUUUUCAAGAAUCUCCAGUGUCUGAUCUUAGAUGAAGCUGACAGAAUCCUGGAAAUUGGCUUUGAAGAGGAAAUGAAACAAAUUGUCAGACUUUUACCCGUUCGCAGGCAGACAGUUUUGUUUUCAGCCACUCAGACAAGGAAUGUUGAGGAACUUGCUCGUGUUUCUCUCAAUAAGUCUCCACUCUAUGUGGGCGUUGAUGAUCACAGUGAGACUUCAACUGUUGAGGGCCUUGAACAGGGAUACAUUGUGGUUCCUUCAGAGAAACGUUUCCUAGUGUUGUUCACUUUCCUGAAAAAGAACAGAAAUAAGAAGGUUAUGGUGUUUUUUUCAUCCUGUAACUCUGUCAAGUACCACUAUGAACUACUGAACUACAUUGAUCUGCCAGUGGCUCACAUUCAUGGAAAGCAAAAGCAACAAAAACGUACCACAACGUUUUUUGAGUUUUGCAAUGCUACUUCUGGAACUUUGUUGUGUACAGAUGUGGCUGCUCGGGGACUGGAUAUCCCGGAAGUGGACUGGAUUGUUCAGUUUGACCCCCCUGAUGAUCCCAAGGAGUACAUUCACAGAGUGGGAAGAACUGCUCGUGGAAAUGAGGGGCGUGGUCAUGCCUUACUUCUCUUAUUACCUGAGGAGCUUGCUUUUCUAAGAUAUCUCAGGCAGGCCAAGGUUCCCCUCAAUGAAUAUGACUUUUCAGCAUCAAAAAUAUACAACAUUCAAUCCCAGCUGGAAAAACUGGUGGAAAAGAACUACUACCUGCAUAAAUCCGCUCGGGAAGCCUACAGAUCGUAUUUACAGGCGUACGCCUCACAUCAACACAAGAGCAUUUUUAAUGUGAACGCUCUCGACCUUCAAAGAGUAUGUCCUGCCUUUGGCUAUGUGGUCCCUCCACGAGUGAAUCUUAAUGUCCACAGUAGUAAAGGAGAGAGAAUUCAGAGACGCGGGGGCGGCGGAGGGUUUGGUGGGGGAUACAAAAGCUCCAAGUUACAACAGAAAGCCAAGAUAUUUAAAAAGAAAACCGGCGAUUCGAGACAGUUCACCAGAUAAAAACGGAAAGUUUAUGGCGUCCACUUCUGAAUAAAGUAUAAAUUUGAGCAUUUCCUUGUCUCUAAUAGGAAUGAUACACUCGUAAGCUAUGUACGCUGCAGAGUGUAUUCAAGAAGCAAAUUAUUUAUUUGAGACAUGAGAAUGCAGGGGAACUAUACUGAAUGAUUAGUUUAAAUUUCGAAUCGUUUUCUACGACAGGCAAAACUAACUCGAACCAAGAAAAAAACCCAAAAUAUCAGUUUAGUAAGAUAGGAAAAUACCAAAAAAUAAAAAGAGUGAGUCGAAGAGGAGAGAGAGGAAGAUUAUGGAAGGAAAAGAUUGACAGGGGUAGCAAGUAACUAGCUCUUUCAUGAUAGACAAACCAUGAACUCUUUUCUGCUUCAUGUUUAUAUGUUCCUGCAUACCGACUCAGCCAGGCCUUAGAGCAGAACUUCAUUUAUAUACUUAAAUGUAUUAUAUCACUUUUUUCAGCUUUCCACAACGCAGCUUAUCGCGCAGGCGAGUAUUGUUUUGAGCAUACACGUUCAAGCCCUCGCGCGUGAACUACAUUUUGUAGAUUUCAUAAUAAACCGGAAGCAUCUUGGAUAGGGGGCUCUGCUGGCGCGCUUUGCGUGCUUAAACUCCGCUAGAGACGUCAGCAAUACUAUCGUUAUUCUUUUCUUAUUUUUACAGGCAACUAGAUAUUUGUUAGUUUCAUACCUAGGUAGACUACAGCUUGGUUCCCAUAACGUCCUCAUCAAGUGCUAUGUCAUUGUGACAUGCUCUUACUUUUGUCUCACUUGUCGAAAAGGUUGCGUCGUUACCUUUGAUUACAACUAUCUCCGUGUUCAUUUCGGCUCGCUUUCUGACACAGCUGAAAGCCAUUGCUUGUCGAAACUCAGGAAUUCUCAGUGCAUACAUAACCGGAUUUAUAAAAGCAUUAGAGCAAUUAAGAGCAAAAGUAAUUACGAACCAUCUUGUUGUUACUGAAACACUCUCAUUCAGGAGAGUGGAUGAAAUAAGCAGAGGGAUCCAGCAAAGCAAAGUAACAAAGGAAGCGAACAUUAAAGUCUUUGUCAAACGAA